CACAUGGUCUGAGUUCUGUUCGGUUUUGGUAAAAUCGUUAAUCACCAAUCAGUAAUUAUUAAUUACUCAUUACUUAUUCUUACGGACCACGGGUCCACGCGUCUCAUAAUAAUUUAUUUUAUUUUACUAAUAAUUUAUGCUUUAAUUUUUAAUGGGUCGGAGCAGAAUUAAAUAUUUAAAUCACGAUUAAAAAAAAUACUCAGUCUGCUGUGAAGACGACUUUAUGCUUAAUUUGUUCUAAUAUUGUCUUUCUCGCCAGACGGGUAAUAGCCAUUACGUAUAACUCAAUAUCAACUAUAACAUAAUGUCAGAGAAAGAAGCACCGAUACGUGGUAUGCCUAAAUGUGGACGAUUUUGGAAAACACCUAAAACCAAAUUUUCGUCCAUCAACAAAACUAAAGGUUUAAAAUUGUCUUUUGAACGUAAACAAAAACUAAGGGAAGAUAUUAAGAAAACUAGAGAGUUGUCUAGAACCUUGAUCAAUGAAAGAAAUGCAGAAAACGAAGCUAGAAAAGAAAGACGACGUGAAAACAUUAAAAGACGUGCAGAAAAUCAGAGAAAAUCUGAAGUUGUUCAAGUGAUUAAGAAUCCUGCCAAAAUCAAAAGAAUGAGGAAAAAGGCAAUGAGGCAAAUUGAAAAAAGGGAUACAUUAAAUAUCAAAUAAUAUGUUAAUUUUUGAAAUAUUACUAAUACAUAAGUGUAAUAUAAAAUAUACUAUAAAUAUAAUAUUUCUAUUUUUUUAAAGACUCAAUCUUAGUAUUUGAAUUACCACCUAGUGAUAAUUAUAAAUUGAAAUUCACACAUUCAUGCAUGGACAAUAGUUUAAUUUAGCAUCCAUAGGCGUGUGCACAGAUUUCCAGGUACUCAUUAUUAAAUAAAUACCAAAUUCAAUAUUUAUUUAAAACUUAAAAAUGUGGAUUUUACUAGAAACUAAAAUUAAAAUACUUAAUCACAUGCCUGAUAUACCAAGUGGUACAUCCAGAGAAUGCAUUUAUAUGACAGAUUAGACUGGUUAUAAGAGAGUUCAGAGUAGAAGGUUAGACAUUUUUAGCAAUAUGUAUUUAACAUUAAAAAUUUUAACCACCAGUACCAGUCACAAGUUGCAUAUUAUAUGCAUAUGUAAAAGAUAUUUUUCAAAUUAUGCAUAGAAAUAAUAAACUAAGGUAUGUUAUAAGCCAAAAUAGAUCAUAAUUUUUACU